CGUUCCCUUUGACUCGGGAAGUGCUCCAGAGCUCUGCCCUAUAACGGUCCAUGGAGUUACCUGUUAGGCGUUAACCUUACUGCAAUAACAGCCCUCAUUACACAUUUCAAAACAAAUUCCUCGACCGCGUUGCAUUAAUGGUUCACUAAGAAGAGGAUUCCUUGCCGUUCCCGUUAUGGCCGUGCACUUGCCUCCGUGUGUCAUAGACUGUGGAACUGGAUACACAAAGAUUGGUUAUGCUGGUAAUACGGAGCCUCAGUUCAUAAUACCAUCAUGUAUUGCAAUUAAAGAAUCUGCAAAAGUUGGUGAACAGGCACAGAGGAGGCUGAUGCGAGGAAUAGACGACUUAGAUUUUUUUAUAGGCGAUGAAGCUGUUGAUAAACCUACUUAUGCAACAAAGUGGCCAAUCAGACAUGGUAUAAUUGAAGACUGGGACUUGAUGGAGCGCUUCAUGGAGCAAGUAAUAUUUAAAUAUCUACGGGCAGAACCUGAAGAUCAUUAUUUUUUAAUGACAGAACCCCCUCUGAACACACCAGAAAACCGAGAGUAUCUUGCAGAGGUUAUGUUUGAAUCCUUUAAUGUACCAGGACUUUACAUUGCUGUUCAGGCCGUUUUGGCUUUGGCAGCAUCUUGGACUUCAAGGCAAGUUGGGGAACGCACACUUACAGGAAUUGUUAUAGACAGCGGGGAUGGUGUCACACAUGUAAUUCCAGUGGCUGAAGGUUAUGUCAUUGGAAGCUGCAUUAAGCAUAUCCCCAUUGCUGGCAGAGAUAUCACAUACUUUAUCCAGCAGCUUUUGAGAGAGAGAGAAAUAGGAAUCCCACCUGAACAGUCCUUGGAAACGGCAAAGGCAAUUAAGGAAAGAUACUGUUAUAUCUGCCCGGAUAUUGUGAAAGAGUUUACAAAAUAUGACUCGGACCCUGGAAAAUGGAUCAAGAAGUAUUUGGGAAUCAAUGCAAUCAACAAAAGAGAGUUUCUUAUAGAUGUGGGAUAUGAGCGAUUCCUUGGCCCUGAAAUUUUCUUUCAUCCAGAGUUCGCCAAUCCUGAUUUCAUGCAGCCUAUUUCAGAUGUGGUUGAUGAAGUAAUACAGAAUUGUCCCAUAGACGUAAGACGACCAUUAUACAAGAAUAUUGUUCUUUCCGGAGGAUCAACAAUGUUCAGGGACUUUGGAAGACGUCUUCAGCGAGAUCUGAAAAGAGUGGUAGAUGCAAGAUUAAAACUUAGUGAAGAGUUAAGCGGUGGGAGGAUAAAGCCUAAGCCAAUUGAAGUUCAAGUAAUAACGCAUCAUAUGCAGCGGUACGCAGUAUGGUUUGGAGGAUCCAUGUUAGCAUCAACACCUGAGUUUUUCCAAGUGUGUCACACCAAGAAGGAUUAUGAAGAGUAUGGACCCAGCAUCUGUCGCCACAACCCUGUUUUCGGAGUUAUGUCAUAACGCUGGAGCGCACAAUUAAGAAAUAAAAGUGAUAGUGCAGCGAAAAUCACUUGCUGCUGCAGUAAAAUAUCUAGCCACUUGAGACGCCCGAGAUGGUGGAUGGGCAUGUGUGCUUGCACAUUCAGGCCAGAGCCUUUUCAAGUAGAGCCAUCAGUAUGUGCUGACUGUUUUCUAGCAUUUAAUUACAAUAUCUUCCUAUGUAAUGCAGAGCUGGCUAGGAUUGUUACAGAAACAAAAAACGAUUCCUUUUAAUAAUUAAGUAUUCAAGGCAAGAAAAUGAUGUAGAAAUGUGUUUCUAAUGAUCUGUUAUAAAUAUUUAAACACAUAUACAAAAUCCCUUUUGGGUGGUUUUCAACAUGUGUAUAUAAGAUAUAUAUAUAGAGAGAGAGAAUUUAAUCCUUAACAUGCAUUGCAAGCCAGUGUUUAUAUUUCAUAUCUUUUGUAUUGUAUAACUGACAAGGGAAUUCAAAAACAAAAGGUUAUCAGUAGAUGCAGUGAUGUUUAAACACAAUCCAGUUAAUUCGAGUUAAACUACAUUCUAAAGCAUGUCAGGAAAGAUUUCAGUAUACUGCUGCUAGACGCUUUGAUUUCAUUCAUCAGUGUUUUGAGUACAUCAGUUUUCAGUUUAAUGUUCCAUAUUAGUUUUGCAAGAAAAGGAAAAAUGCAGACCUCAGAGAGUGUAUUAUCACUUUAUUUAUUAUUAUUAUUACUACUUUCAUUUUGGUUAACCUCAAGUGUAGAUUUAAGUUAUUAUUUAAGGGUUUAUUUUUUGCUGACUGAUGAUUCUAAUGCUGCUUUUGGCCAUUGUUCAAUAAAACGAUGUUACACCUCUGCUUGUA